AAAACACGUCAUCCACUGUUUGCAAGAAAUUCCGCGUUUGCUCGAUAGCAUAAAUAGAGAAAUUGUGAAGACAACAGCAAGCACUGAAACUUGUAACUGUUUCAUAUCAGAAGAAAACAAAGUCCGAUCGAAGAUGCUAAGGUAUUUUGUUGGGAGGAUUCAAAAGGGUCUUUCAGUGUUUGUGGGUAGAAGGCCUGCAUUUAGCUAUUUCAGUGAAGAUGGUGACCCAAAUGAGGCACCAGGUGGUGAUGUUAUGGAAGGUUAUUUUGCUGUUCUUGCAAUGAAGGGUAAGGAAAGAAAAAGGUUCAUUGUUGGGUUAGAUUAUUUGUCUGAUCCUGCGUUCUUGGGACUGUUGGAUAGAGCUCAAGAAGAGUAUGGUUUCCGACACCAGGGAGCUCUUGCACUCCCUUGUCGGCCUCAGGAGUUGCAGAAGAUUCUAGAUGCUCCAAAACCAUAGCCACACUUCCCAUUGUAUAGAACAAAUGUUAGGAAACAAAGUCUAAUUACUUGUUACUUUUCUGUGUCGGCAAUAAUCCAAGUGCUUCUCUUAUUAAUUAACUCCCUAAAACAAAAGUUAAAUAUGAUUUUACUUGAUUGUACUUGAAA